CUUGUCAAAUCAAUGAAAAUUUGAACUUACCUUUGUGAACAAAUAAUUUAUAAUUGAUUUUAUAGAAAUUAACAAAUAAGACCCUAACUUUAUAUCUAAAACACGCUAAUUUUAAUUUUUAAAACCCCUAAUCUUCCAAAUAUUAGAAAGAGGAUAGAGGUGGUCACGACUAUUCAUGAGUCGUGACAAUAAUUUAUGAUUUGUACUCUGUAGCAUUAGUAGUGUGGCUCAAGAUUGCAUACCAAUUUGACUAAACAAUAGAUGAUUAUUAGCCGACGAUAAAAGUCAUAACGAGAAUAAUGAUGAGAGGUCAGAAUGUGUGGCUAGAAAGCGAAAAUACAUAGUCAUCGUCUGUUAGCCCUCCGUCAAAAGAAUAAAAAAAAAUAAAAAAAUCCAAGGGAUUAAUUAGGCUGAUUUAUACAUUGUUUGAUUUAAUCUAGUUUUUGAAUAAGGCACGAAACAAUUCCCUCCAAUAAGCUAAGCCUACUUUACCUAUUAAAAGCGCCCUAAUCAACGGUCAAUUAAUAUCUCUCCUUCCCUCCAACCUCUGCAACUAAUCAUACUCCAAUCAUACGCCCUGUUUUUGUCUCUUUCUCUUCGAAGAAAAUCAAGAAAACUCCAUUAACAACCAUGAUGAAAGCUUUAAUCAAUCGAUUAAAGAGCUGUCGCCCUUUCAAAGAAUUCUACGCAGAUUGGAUUAACACCCUAAAAUCCAGCCUUCUUCCUCUUCUCUCUCGUUCUCUCUCCUCCCCUUCUCCAGACCCUCUUCUUCUUGCUACCCAGGUCGAACUGCUUCACUCCCAUUUCAAUUCUUACUUCGCUGCCCUCGAUCUCGCUUCAAACGACGAUGUUUCUCAGCUCCUCUUCCCAGAUUGGCGAAACCCCCUCGAAAAACCCUUUCUUUGGUUUGGCGAUUUUCACCCCUAUAUCUUCAUUAAUCUCCUUCGUUCUUUUCUUGAAGAAGAUGAUGAUGAUAGUGAUGAGACUGAUAAUGGUUUUCUGGUUAAGCCUUGGAAUGUCUGGAAAAAUGUUGAUGUUUCUUUGGGGCAUUUUGUCGAACAGGUGGAGUGCGGUUUGAGAUUGAUGGUUCCUUCUGUCGUGGCGCGUUCUAGAGAUACUCAGGCUGAUUUGGUUGAGAAAUUGGGUGUUGGGUGGAGAAAAAAUGGUGAGAAUUUUGAGGUUGAUGAGGUGGUCGGAGAAUUGGUUGACAAGAUGACUUGUGUUUUCUUGGAUGCUAAUAGGUUAAGAAGAAGUGUUCUUGCUGAUAUUAUGGGGACUUUGAAUGUUUAUCAAGCUGCUUCUUUUCUUGAAGGUCUUGCCAAAUUCUAUGCUGGGUUUUGGGAUCCUACGUUACUUGCCAACUUUAAGAAUCCUGUGGAUUGAUUGGUUCAAGGUUUAUUUUCAUGGAAUUCUGGUUUCUUAUGUCACAAAUUUCUUAAUUUUUGAUGAAUUGGAUGAUAUGGAAGGGACUGCCUUGGAAAUUUUACUUCUUUUGGGAAUUAUCAGGCUGAUAAUCGUUGGUUAAUUAUGUAGAGGAAGACUGUUUUUUUCUUAUAAUGUUCUGCUUGUGAAUUCUCAUCUGGAAAGAAAACAUUCCACGACUAUGCGUCGUAAGUUCUGUUGUAAAAACUUUGCUCUUCAUAGCAAUUAUGAUCCAUAAAUCAAUUUCAAAUUUUCCAUAAACUAGUUCUUGUUGCUUGCAAUGUUCUUUUUUCAUCUUUAAUUGCUUUUAUUUUGGCUAUCUCUAGGGAAACAGGCUCUUGUCACCAAGGGAAUAUUUGUCUCAAAUGGAUUGAAUACUUAAUAGGUCCCUAAUGAACAUAGAUGUUACUGAAUUACCUAUGUAAGAAAAUAAGUUCUCUAUAAAGCUAUGCAAGUUUUCUGUUCCUCCCUGUGUGAUUGCUACUCUUCUAAGAUUGAAAGGGAUGUAUAACUCUAAGGUAGAGAUAUUGCAAUGUUGGAUAGCUAUGCCACACAAUGAGUAUUUUAUUGCUUAUUUCGGAGGAACCAAAAACACAUAUUUGGAGGUAGAGUUCCGUUGACAUGGUAAUGGAAAUAAGAUUUCCUAGCAAAAUUGCAUACAAAUCCAUUACCAUUCCCACUAUAUAGGACCACUUACCGUUAGGCUGCUGCGUAAGGUUGAAGGGUGGGAGGAGGGGGAUUCAAGUUCACAUCUUAUUAUAUUCAUAUUUUUUUUUUCUUUUCAUUUGCCUCAUUGGAUAUUUACCCUUGUGAGUAAGAUGAUAUUGUGUGGAACUUCAUCCAUGGGAUCACAAUCAACAAAUAGAUGACUAGAUGGGAAAUUCUUCUAAGAUUGUCUUGGGGCUAAGAGGGUGGGAUGGAUGCUCAGGUAGAGACAGGCGGUCUAGAGAUGUUCUGAUUCUCGUCAUGUAAUUGGCUGAAGCAGCCUGGUUCAUUUCCGUUUACAAGGGUAUGUUCACACUUGCUGUAGCAGCUGUGCGGAGCAGUGGCUGAUAAUAAGCUUAAGGGGAAAAGAAAAGGUUCUUGUAAACUGCUACCAACUAACAUUACUUUUUGAAGUUCAUAAAUUGAAAUAAGGGUCAUUAUGAACAGCAAAGCUUCUGCGACUAUUUUUAAGGACGAUGUAGUAUUAUUGCAUGACUCCAUAUGAAUUAUAGGCUGAUUUUUAGAGAGAUUUUGAAAUCAAAAACCAUGAAAUUUUAUAUAGUUGCUCAUUUUAUGAUUCUCAUAGAUUCAUAGAAUUUGGCAUUCAUUGGACUGAGAUUCAUGUUUCUUCUCUUCCUGAAUUCAGAGAGUAAUUUAUGUACUCCUUAGUGCUCUCUGGGAUUUGUGGGUUCACUUUAUGCUGAAAUAAAGCAUAGACUAAUUGUUAUCAUUUAUGUACAUGCAUGAGCAGCAAAUUGUUCCUCUUGAAGUAUUAAGAAAUGAACCACUGUACAGAAAUUUGGUUUUGUGACAGUUAAUUUUGACAGCCCUUUGCCAGUUUCCGGUGUUAUUGUGCUUCUCUUCUGGUAAAUGUUAAGAGUUUUGUAAGCAUUCUACGUAUGAUAAAAAAAAAAAUAAAAAAAAAAUAAAAAAGGUAAAAAAAAAAAAAACAAGGUAAGACUUUUUAGCAAAGACUUGACUGCAAGAACUUGAUGAGAUUAUGAUUUUUAUGAAUGAUCUGUGCAAAACAAAUCUUCAGUUCUUUUAGGGGUGCAGUGGGUAUUUCAAUUCAAAUAAUUUCAGGCUUCAAAUUUUAGUUUCUGUUAUGUUAAAUCCAACAGAUCUCAACAACAUUUUUGAGUCUUUUGAGGCUCAUAGUUGACACUUAUAAUCAUCAAAUCAGCUCAAAUCAAUGAGGCAAUUAUGCGGACUAAAUUCUAUAGAAGAAAGAGAUUUCGUUUUUUAUGUCGUGUUUAUUGCUUCUCUCAAGUGUUUUUUUGGGACUUUAUCUGCUCUUUGAGCUGAUGAUACGAGCUUCUCAUAUCUCCUACCUGUUACAUUCUGAUGUCUUUUCAACUAUGUAUCUCAGAAUUUGUUCCUUAUGGGCCUCUGUUUUUUAACACCUUGUCCAAAGUCCAAAUCGUAUCCUUUCUAGUGUGACUGCAUAUCCACCAACUUAUCAGCAUCUGCGUGCUACAUGUAACCUUCAAACAUGGUGUCAUUGUGUAUCAUUGGUCUAUAAAUGAAGUCCUACUUUUGAUCAGUGAAGAAGCAUAUUUAUGGUGUUUUAGCUCUCGCCUUUUGAAAUGAUAUGCUAUCUUUUACUAUAGAGAGGUUUGAUGUAAAUGACUGAUCCCAGAAAAUUUUCAUUUAUGGCUUUUCCCGCUCUCUAUCUUUCUUUUGCUUCAUGGCCGGUUACUUUGUCAUUCUGUGCCCUGAGCCUUUUUAAUGUGCUGCAUGAUUGGACUAGAGACCUAUUUAUAAUGCUAUGUUUAUAUUCCAAAAGAUAGUUUGUCCUAGUUGAUUAUAUAUGCUUAAUUAGGUCAUGGUAAAUGCUUGAAAAUGCUAAUUGUAUUUCAAGAUCUUUGCCUAAUUUGGUCAUGCUGGAAUCAUGU